AAACUGUUUCUUCCAUAGCCAAACCAAACUGCGAUGAUCAUUGUGGGAAUGUAAGCAUUCCAUUUCCCUUUGGUCUGACCGAAGAAUGUUCCCUAAACUCAAACUUCUCCCUCAUUUGCAACACCUCCUAUAAUCCUCCAAAGCCAUUUCUAAGUAGUACUGUGGAGGUUAGGGAUAUAUCAGUUGAAGGGCAGUUGAGGGUCAUGAAACGCAUAUCUCAAAAGUGUUAUCAAAAGGGUGUACCUAGUCCCCGACGGCAAGGAUGGUACAACUCGGGAUGGUUGAAAUUGUACGUCAAUCAGACCGCCAACAAAUUCGUCGCUGUCGGGUGCGACACUUUCGCUAACGUUUACGCCUACGGCGAUGACCGGUCGUACAAAACAGGGAGUAACUGUAUGGCCACCUGUAACUCCACACAGGAUGUUACAAACGGGACUUGUUCCGGGUUUGGGUGUUGCGAGACAGGGAUUCCUAACGUGGCCAGGAACGUGUACUAUUCAGUGGAUAGCUUGAAUUACUAUAACAACACUGCCGGUGAUGUUAAUAAGUGCAGCUACGCAUUCGUGGUGCAAAAAGAGGAGUUCAAGUUUUCGUCCACUAUGCUUACCAGAACGUGGGAUGUGAAGACAGUGCCCAUGGUUCUUGACUGGACCAUCACGAACCAGACGUGCCUUACGGCGUGCCAAGGUAAUACCACAUGUGUUGCCGUCAAUGGUGAGGGGUAUCGUUGCGGUUGUAAGGAGGGUUAUGAAGGCAAUCCUUAUCUCUCUCCAGGUUGCCAAGAUAUUGAUGAAUGUGCAAAUGGGCAGAACAACUGCUCCAGGAACGCCACUUGCCAGAAUAAACAGGGGGGUUUUUCAUGCCAUUGCAAGGAAGGUUUCCAGGAAGAUGGGAAAGGUGGCUGCCAAUUACCUAGUAAACAUGGAAACAAAGUGAAUGCCAUUGUUUUGGGUGUUUCUUUGGGCACUAUAACGCUGUUGAUGAGUGGUUUUUGUGUGUAUUUGGGAUAUCGACGGAGGAAAUCAAUGCAGUUGAAAGAUAAAUUCUUUAGGGAAAAUGGAGGAUUGAUUCUGCAACAAAUGAUUGCUCAAGGCACUACAUCUUCUAAAACAACAAGAAUUUUCAUAGCUGAAGAGCUUAAGAAAGCAACCAACAACUUUGACCAAACUAGAAUCGUUGGUGAAGGAGGUUUUGGCAUAGUUUACAGAGGACACCUUCUUGAUGGCCAAAUAGUAGCUGUUAAAAAACCCAAAAUGAUGGACCCAACCCAAGUUGAACAGUUCAUCAAUGAGGUAAUUGUGCUCUCCCAAAUCAACCACAGAAACACAGUCAAACUUUUUGGUUGUUGUUUAGAGACAGAAGUUCCGUUGUUGGUUUAUGAGUUCAUAAAUAAUGGAACAUUGUCUGAGCAUCUACAUAGUAAAAACAACGCAUCCAAAAUGCCUUGGUCGAUUCGUUUAAGAAUAGCUACGGAAACAGCUGAGGUCCUCUCUUAUUUGCACACUGCAGCUUCUCCUCUCAUCAUCCAUAGAGAUGUUAAGCCAGCAAAUAUUCUCCUAGAUAAUGACUACACUGCUAGGGUAUCUGAUUUUGGUGCAUCAAGAUUAGUUCUGCAAGAUCAAACUCAGUUGAUAACUAUGGUACAAGGAACAUUGGGUUAUCUCGAUCCAGAAUACAUGCAAACUCACCAAUUAACAGAAAAGAGUGAUGUUUACAGUUUCGGAGUUGUCCUAGUAGAAUUGUUAACCGGUAGGAGGGCAGUAUUCUUCAAUGGCCCAGAGGAGGAGAGAAAUCUAUCUCUACAUUUCCUUUCCUCGCUCAAAGAGAAUCGAUUAUUUAGGAUUUUUGAUGACAAUGUUGUAUGUGAGGGAAACACUGAAGAGUUAAUGGAGGUUUCCUUACUUGCAGAGAGGUGUUUAAAUGUGAAGGGGGAGGAUAGGCCAACGAUGAAGGAAGUUGCAGUAGAACUAGGUGGAUUGAUGAGAGCGGCAAAACAUCCAUGGGUUAAUAAUUCAAAAACUUCCUUGGAAUCACAAGCUCUACUUACUGAGCCAUUGAUCCCCUUUGGCUAUGAUGCUACUAAUGCUACUUUUAGUAUGACAACUGCAUAUGAUAGUUUAAAACAUCAUAUGGAGUUAUCAAAUCAGCUCUCACAACGCAAACUGCCUACCCCCAAUACACGUCACGCCCCCGCCCUAGGGCUCGUCACGUCGCCCACCGCGGAAACUCGGCGCACCCGCGCUACUCACGCCAUGAGCUCCCACCAACCAUCGCCGCAAGCCACGACUACUACUCACCUCGUUGCCUGGGGAUUUUUUGGUAUCACCCGUUCGCCGAUCACUGCCAACAACUCACCUGCCUUCUCUAAUCCGUCUCCUCGCCCUGCUCAGAGGUCACUUCCUAUGUCGCCUAUGACACCUCGUGCCCCCUACCACCGGUGCUUCCGUCCGUCAUCUCGAUCCCUCCACUCCCCGCGGCAUACGUGCUAA